UGGAGCCGGCGGGGCGGGACCGGGAGCGGCGGCGGGUGUCCGUCCUGCCCCACGUGCUCAUUGCUUUUCCCUGCCCUCUUAUCCACCCGCUCCAUCCUCUCCGCUCCCGCCUGGGCUCGGCGCGGCGGCGCGUCGGCGCGUCGCGCCCCUGGGUUUCCCUGCCCCAGAAGGGCCAGGCAGGUCUGCCCCCUCGCUAGGGCACUGCCACACGUUCAGGUUGAAGCUGGAUAGAAACCAACUCUAAAGCUGUUACACGGUUUCAAGCACUGACUUGGUGAUUUAAAAAGACCUAGAAUUUAUACAUGAUCUGUGACACCACAGACACCCCAGAAUGUCUUCUGAGAGAUCCAGUAGAUCUGUUUCAUUCUGGGCACAUUGUGAAAAUAUGUGCCCCUAUGGUCCGUUAUUCAAAGUUGGCUUUCCGAACUUUGGUCAGGAAAUACAACUGUGAUUUGUGUUAUACACCAAUGAUAGUUGCUGCUGACUUUGUCAGAUCUGUUAAAGCUAGAGACAGUGAAUUCACAACAAACCGAGGUGAUCGCCCACUGAUUGUACAAUUUGCUGCUAAAGAAGCACAGGUUUUAUCAGAUGCUGCCUGUAUCGUCUGUCCCUUUGCAGAUGGAAUAGAUUUAAACUGUGGUUGUCCUCAGAGGUGGGCAAUGGCAGAAGGUUAUGGUGCUUGUUUAAUAAAUAAACCAGAGCUAGUUCGAGAUAUGGUCAGACAAGUAAGAAAUCAAGUGGAGAACCCCAGAUUUUCAGUAUCUAUUAAAAUAAGGAUCCAUGAUGAUCUAAAGAGAACUGUAGACCUCUGUCGAAAAGCAGAAGCAACUGGAGUUUCCUGGAUUACAGUUCAUGGAAGAAGUGUAGAAGAAAGACAUCAGCCAGUACACUAUGAUGCAAUCAAAAUAAUUAAACAAAACAUAUCUAUACCUAUUGUGGCUAAUGGAGAUAUUAAAUCAUUAAAAGAUGCAGAGAAUGUUCAUCAUAUGACAGGUGCAGAUGGUGUUAUGGCAGCAAGGGGGCUCUUAGCCAAUCCAGCCAUGUUUGCAGGAUUUGAUGAAACACCACUGAAGUGUGUACAGGACUGGGUUGACAUUGCUCUUGAACAUGGGACUCCUUUUACAUGUUUUCAUCAUCACUUGAUGUACAUGAUGGAACGGAUAACUUCAAAACAAGAAAAAAAGGUUUUUAAUGUUUUAUCAAGCACCCCAGCAGUUUUGGAUUACCUUAGUGACCACUAUGGAGUGUAAGAGCUUUUAAAGUAUUUUAAACAUAUGAGUAUCACAUUUUAUAUUUCGGAAUUGCUAAUAAGUUGUCCUCAUGUUGAUAUUUUAUUUGUCAACGUCAUAUAUAAUACCAAAAGAUUUUGUGCAGUCACAUAUUACUAAAUGUUUGAUCAUAUUUGAUCAUAAUAUGAUCAUUUUUAUAGUAUUUUUAUGUUAACUUUUGCUACUCAGGAAAUAGUAACAACUUGAAAACAGCCUUUAUAUGGAGAUAUUGCAGUGCAUUACUAUACAUGGAGUUAUGAUGAUAUAAGCAAGUCCUUGUAGAAAAAACAUUAAUAUAUGCAGUACCAAAGUGUUUACAAAGACAGGUCCCGGCCCUGCAGCCUUUGCUCAUAAGAGAUUUCUGCUCGGAACAAUAGGCCUAAUGAUAAGUAAGGGCUAUAGGAUCAAAUGUAAAGGAUAUUAAAUAGAUUUGUUCUUUUAUCUGUGAAAAGCUUAAGGUGUAUUUUUCUGAUGUACAGAUAAUUAUGCUGUCAUUUUAAGUUUAAACAAUGGAAAAUGUUAGUGCCCAGAAUAUCAGGGCUUUCCACAGCUGCCUCUCUUUAGGUUCAGCUGUUUCUUUUGGCAAAUGUAAAUGGGCUUUGAACUCAGCAGAAUUCCAGAUUCCCCUUGCUAUAUGAUUGAAAUAGAUUAAAACUAUGUGUGUUUAUCUUGUAACUGAAAGAACAGGCUAAAUUAUAUUUUCUACCCAUUAUAGGGAUAGCAGGGCAACUCUGUGCGCAGGGCAGCAACAGUUGACACAGUUCCAAUGGCAGUGGUGCAAUGAGAUGCUGCAGCAGUGGCAGUUAUUUUUGUGCCCUUCUACCCGCUCAACCAAGGUGUACC